CCCGCCUUUUCUCUGUCUGUCGGUGUGGUGGGCAGAGCUCACCGCACGGGCACUGCGGCAGCCGGGGCCAGGGAGGGAACCCGCUUCACAGCCUGCGCCGCCUGCCCUGGGCGUAGGGCAGAGGCCCAGGACCAGAGCUGGGAUUGCCUGGGCAGAGGAAUCCUGGGGAGAGGGGCAGCUUCCUGCCCUUGGUUCUUGGAUUUGGGUUUGGGGAGCUUCUUUCUAAGACAGAUUUUACCUUUGGAAAGCGCUGGCUGUCCCGGAGGUGGGAGCCCAGGCCUCGCCUGGACCCCUGGGCUAGGAAAGAGGGACGCGGUGGCCGGCCGCCGAGGAGAGUGAGGCCUUGGGGCGAGUGGAUGGGGGGCCCUCAGGGCCAAGUGGCGCAGAAGGCCUUGAGCAAGGAGGCAAGAGCCCCUGAGAGCCCCUCCUCAGAGCCAACGGACCUCCCAGGGGGCCGCAGUGACCGCGCCGGCCCAAAGGCACCACAGGAGCCUUGGGGAGAUGCGGCGCGGAUGUGUAGGCCUUGGCGAGGCUCCGACGCAGGGAAGGGGCUGGAUGUGAGGCGGGCUGGUCCCAGUCCAGGCCAGAAAGCAGAGAUGGUGAGGAGGGCGGAGGCGCCGGUGGUUUGUGUCUGGUUAAGGGGGAGCGGGAGCCCAAGCAGCCUGAGAGUAGGACUCCAGAUCCUUUUGUUCACCAGACUCCCCAGCUUCUAGAGGGCCACGGGACGUCUCCCCUGGCUGACCUCUCUCCUUGCAUUAGCACUGGGAGAGAAAGGCAGAGACGCGACAGGGAGAGAGAUAGAUACGGUGACACACAGCUAGGGGAAGGGAGAGAAGAUCAGAGGAAAGGAGAGGAGAAAAGUAAGAGGAAGGAAGAAGGAAAGAGGAAACGAGAGGGGAGUGAGAGGACAGAAGAUGCUUAAGAGAGACGAAGGAAGGAGAAAGAGAGACGAGAACAGAGAGAGGAGAGAAGGAGACAGGCCAAGUGGGCACUGAGGCCCUGGCCCGGGUCAGCUCCUGGUAUGGUUUUGGCGUGGGUUUUCCAAAGCUUGCACUCCCGCUCCUGGGGUCAGGAGUGGCGGGAGCCAAGUUACUCCGCGGUGAACAAGCCGGGCAGAGAAAUAUGUAAAUCAGGGCUUCUUGCGCCCCCGAGAGCGGCGCAAUUAAGCCCCUUGAACGAGAAGCAACAAGCUCCCAGCGGGCAAGCUGCAGAGGGUAGCGGCAUCGCGGGGGAGGGAGCGGCUGCAGGAAGGGGUGUGGGGGGUGGGAACCUCACACCCUCACACCUAGUCCCCUGUGCCCCGGGCUGGGUCUCCCCCCUCCGCUCUCUGCUUCUUUCCCUUCCCCCUUCCUCCCCCUUCCUCCCCCUCCCUCCUCCUCCCCGCCGGCCUCGGUCCGCGUACUUAAAGCGGCGCGGGCGGGCGCGGGCGGGCGGCCCAGCCGGGCGGUGGCAGAUGCACCCAGCAGUGGCAGCCGCUGGCGGCGCACAGGUGACCGGCCUGCGGCGCAGCCUGGUCAGAGGGCGCCCAGGGAGAGCUGGCUGAAGAGGGAGGCCGAUCCGCCCCCAGCACGCGCGUGUCUCGGCGCCAGGAGCCGUCCUGGGGCGUGUUGGCGAGCGCUGAUAUAGAUAUAAGGACAUUUCUCUCCAUGGCGUCACGUGACAUAAUUACCACCAGAAUCAAUCAAGAUGAAUUGCACGUCAGCGCCCGGUGGGGAUUUUUGCUUAGUUGAUCCUGGCCCAAGCCUCUUGUGCAAUCGAUGGCUCAGGUUGGCGGCUCGGGGAGCGGCCCGGGGCUCGCCGGCGCGCACGCCACGGAGCCAUGAACGACUUUGACGAGUGCGGCCCGAGCGCAGCCAGCAUGUACCUGCCCGGCUGCGCCUACUAUGUGGCCCCGUCGGACUUCGCCAGCAAGCCGUCGUUCCUGUCGCAACCGUCGUCCUGCCAGAUGACUUUCCCCUACUCUUCCAACCUGGCGCCGCACGUCCAGCCCGUGCGCGAAGUGGCCUUCCGCGACUACGGCCUGGAGCGCGCCAAGUGGCCGUACCGCGGCGGCGGCGGCGGCGCGGGGGGCGGCGGCGGCGGGGGCGGCCCCGGAGGGGGCGGCAGUGGCGGCGCCGGGGGCUACGCUCCCUACUACGCGGCAGCGGCGGCGGCGGCGGCGGCGGCGGCCGAGGAGGCGGCCAUGCAGCGGGAGCUGCUCCCGCCCGCGGGCCGCCGGCCGGACGUGCUCUUCAAGGCGCCCGAGCCGGUGUGCGCCGCGCCCGGGCCGCCGCACGGCCCCGCGGGCGCCGCCUCCAACUUCUACAGCGCCGUGGGCCGCAACGGCAUCCUGCCGCAGGGCUUCGACCAGUUCUACGAGGCUGCACCCGGGCCCCCGUUCGCCGGGCCGCAGCCCCCUCCGCCGCCCGCGCCUCCUCAGCCCGAGGGCGCUGCCGACAAGGGCGACCCCAAGACGGGGGCCGGUGGCGGCGGGGGCAGUCCCUGCGCCAAGGCGACCCCCGGCUCAGAGCCCAAGGGGGCGGCAGAAGGCGGCGGCGACGGCGAGGGGCCCCCGGGGGAGGCGGGGGCUGAGAAGAGCGGCGGCGCAGUGGCCCCCCAGAGGUCCCGGAAAAAGCGCUGUCCCUACACCAAGUACCAGAUCCGAGAACUGGAACGCGAGUUUUUCUUUAACGUGUACAUAAACAAAGAGAAAAGACUCCAACUCUCUCGGAUGCUCAACCUCACUGACCGGCAAGUCAAAAUCUGGUUCCAGAAUCGCAGGAUGAAAGAAAAGAAACUGAACAGAGACCGUCUGCAGUAUUUCACUGGAAACCCCUUAUUUUGAGAGCUCCACGAAGCACCCCUCUCCCCAAAGCCCCACUCACUCACCCUCCUCCCCACCAGCCUGCUCUAGGCAGGCCCAAUGUCUUUGGGUUUAAAUGACGUCUCUCCUCUGUGGAACUCCACGAUUCCUUCCCACGGUCAACUCGGGACCUCCCAGCGACCACUGCCGCCUGCGGACGAGGCCAGGGACUUGGCCGAACGGAUCCUAAUAAGGGGAAAAUGGUAAAUGCAAACGUCCCUUUACAAUUUUACCGCCAAUGUGCUGUUGUUCUCCCUCCGUCUCUCCGAGUCCCCGUGGGGACGAUGUGGGAUCUAUAGAGAGUUAGGCCAUCAGGCUGGAAGGCGCUUAUUUUUGUUCUGAGUUUAAGGGACCCCGUCUUUUCCCCUUGGUAAAUGCAGAUUAUUCAAACUCUGGGCAAUGUACCUUUGAUCUGUCUUAUCAAGACAUGAGUCCCUAUCUUUUGUGUGAAUAAAUGGUUUCUAGUAAAAUGGA